AGAUCCCAGUAUUGCCCAGAUCACACAGUAACCUCCUACGCACCCAUCCCAGCACCCUCUCAGGGUAUGAGUUACGGUUGUGAAAAAUUACAAACAAGUUUUUGUGUUUGGAGUACUGUCUGCCAACGUCAGCUGCUAGGAAAAUGCCAAGUAAUCUGAUGAAGAGGACCUCCUCAGGGGUUGAACAUGACUUCCCCACCCGUAGGAUGAGUGACUUUGAAAGGAGCGAAAGUUUUGAUAGUCAACGUAGUCGUUCUAGAUCCAGGAGCUCCAACUUGGAUGAUGAGAACCUUAAAUACUUGACUAAUGAAGAAAAGAAUGCCUUGCUGUUUUUUGAAGAAACAAUUGAUGCUUUUGAGGAUGACAUAGAAGAACCACAACUUUCCAGCAAUACAAGCUUGGGCUACUCCCCAAGAUCGACAGAUGAUAGCCACUCCGAGAGUGAGGACAUUAUUGACCUGGUACAGCUUCAACACAGCCAUGGAGAAGAUGCGUCGCUAGAUUCUGGUAUUGGGUCUGGUACUGAUGAUCGGAAACCCACUCAUAAUUAUCCUGUAAUGUCUACAAGCUUACCGAUGACCGUUCCAGUUUCAUCCGUAGAAACCAGCACUGGAGCAUAUUCUCCAGACCUGCCUGGAGAGAAUCGUAAGUUUCAUGGUGCCAUUCCAACACCUGUAAUAAUUGCUCAGAAGAUUUCAGAGAAGAAUGCAGACAAUGGAAAUAUCUCCCCCUUAUCACCAAAGGAGUCUAAUCCAGUUGAUUUAAAGAAGAGUGUUGGAACAUCACCAAUUAGUGAAGGACACUUCAUAUUUCCUGCAUCAACAAACACCAACGUUAGUCGUUUUCCAACCAACAUAAACAUCAAACCAGUUGGAAAGCAAUAUAACAAAACUAUUGCCAAGGCAGCUGUCAAUGUCCAAGAGCGUAAGGCUCAGGUACUGGCCAACUUAAACGGACCAUUGUUUGCUGAAGAAAUAGACGGGAAGGCCCAUCGUGAGCAAGGAUGUCGUCGAAUGGCAUCAUUUCGUGAUGCAGGAAAUGAACAAACUAGGUAUGAAGCCUUGACUAAGCUUGGUUUAGUUAAAGAAACACCAGUACAAGCAGAGAUCCAAGACACUGGUGUCAACGUAUCUCCUAUCUCAAAUGGUAACCACUCUCCAAAGUUCUUUUUCCCAGGAUCACAUAGAAAGCUUUCUGGUGAACGGGAUACUAUUAGUAGUGUGUUGAUGAAUGAACCUAGCCCCUUUGUUGCAUCAGGGAAAACUGUAGUUUUUAAAGGCGAAUUACCACCAUCAGAAAAAAACAAACGUCACAGCACCCCGCAAAACUUCCCCGAGCAGAAACAGCAAGUCUUUCAUCAGGAAGUGAAAAGGUCUUAUUCCUUGCCACGGCCCACUGGAUUUCGGCCACAAGGUAUUACAGUACAAUUUUCAGGGCGUGACUCAUCUGAAGAGUCUAGAAAAGAGGCUCUUCGCAGACUGGGCUUACUGAAAGAGUUGUCUGGACACUGAAACUGCAGCACGCUUGGAGGUUGUGGACAUUAUGGAAACCUACUCUGGUCUUGUCUAUGAUACAACAUUAUCGAGACAUGGAAAUGAUGAUAAUGAUGGUACCUUCAUAUACACACAUGCAUACUAGAUCACCAGCCUCAAGUACACUCAAUAUGCAUGAAAUGCUAAAUAUGUAUAAGGAUAUACACUACUUUUUUGUUUAUAGGAGUCUGUAUUGUAAAAUGGAAAGGCAAUACAAUACUUUUUUUUCUUUCUACUAAAGAGACACUUUCGUAUAGAAUCGGAGUUCUACAGUACUGACCAAGUUAUGAAUAGUGGCAACCAUUUGUAUUAAACCCUUAUAAAAUGGUUUCUUUACAACAGGGUUCAUAUAUUUAUAUUGCUAAACAAAAGCUUUAUUUUAAAAGAGCAAUAUCAGAUCCACUGGAAAUGAGUGACCA